AUGACUCGAUCCCUGGUUUUGACCGGUGCCGUCCUUCUCUCCUGCGGCGCACUCUUCACGGCCUUCGUCGCCGCGCCGCGCCCUGCCCCGACCCCGGUAGCGCCGCACGCCGCCACAGCUGCUCUGAGUGCCGUGACUCUUGUGGCCCCUCAGGCUGCGCAUGCCGAGGGUGGCGCUGUCUGGAUCCCUGCGUUGUCCGCCAUUGGCGCUGGUUUUGCCAUCGGACUUGCCGCAAUUGGCUCGGGCGUCGGCCAGGGCAUUGCCAGCGGCCGCUGCAUUGACGGCAUUUCCCGUCAGCCGGAG